GCCAGAUGCGGCUCCGCUGCACGCGGCUGAUCGCGGCUACAUGCAGCUGAUCCCAGAUGAUCGCUGACUGCAGGGUCCACAUGUGGCACGGAUGGGCUUCGCUCAGCUACCUGCGACACCAAAAGCGACACCAUGGCCCUGAGACUGUGGUUAAAGAAGUAUCUGAGGAGGUGGAUCAGCCUCAUCCUGCUUCUUCUCUUCAUCUUGUUUGCGGUGACGAUCAACACACUGGCUUCUCUCCCUUUAGAGGGUCGCGAGGUGCUGUCCUGGCAUGGCCUUCAUGGGACGACUCACAGCAGGGGCUGGCCUCUCACUUUGAGUCAUGUGGAGGAGCCAAGGCAGGACUCGCCGGCAAAGCUUGGGGAACAUGGGCAGAAAGUCAGCAUUGACCUUGCUCAAAGGCAGGCAAGUGAGCAUGUGGUACAUCAAGCUGUCAGGAAGCAUCAUGUGAGCGAGGACACUGCUGCUCUGGCUAAGAGGGAAGCCAGAGGCAAGUCCUCAGGCAGCAGGCAGGAACAACAGCCUCAGCAGUUAUCGACUGAGAAGCAAGGUAUACCAGGUAUCACGCAAAAUAACGACAGCAGAGCUUUGAUCUCAAACCAGCUACCCCCUCCACAACAAGGCUUACAAGGCAUGAUCAAGCCUCAGCUGACACUCUCUUGUGCUCCAAAGUGUCGGAGGGUUGACACUCUCAUUGGUCAAGCUACUAUCCAGCAGCAGCCUAUGAGAACGCGAGUCCCCAGAGACCUCAGGGCAUACAUACGCCAAUCAAACGCCAUCAGUGGGAAAGGAGGCGUAGGCCACCAAGGAGUCAAGAAGAAGGAGGCCGUCUGGUGCACCAAGGUGACUCAGGAUGACUUCUUGGAAAGUGGAAACCGUGGAAUAAGAUCUAGGGCGAAGCAUCUACAGUGGUUCAGUGAGGAUGACAUCCAGAAAAUGGAACUGCUUUCUGGGGGUGAGGUGAUCAGCAAAGCCCGGGUUCCAGCCCAUGGACAGGUGCUGCAAGUUGGGCUGAGUGCGGGAGGUUCAGCCAUCCCACCCGGCGACCAUGCGAGCCGCUGUGAACGAGGCCUCUGUGCCCUGAUCAAGCGCUCCGAUGACUGGUUUGAGGUCUUUGCCUUCCAUCUGGACAGGGUUCUAGGCCUGAACCGGAGUUUGCCCGCCGUGUCCCGGAAGUUCCACAGUAACCUACUGCCCUACAGGUACACCAGUGACUCUGCCAGGCCUGUGGUGUGGUGGGACCCGGGCAUCCAGCAUCUGCCCGAUGAUGACAAUGACCAGAACUCCUUCCCUCUUACUUGGCUGCAGUACCAGGCUCUUCUGAAGGCCAAAUGCAACAAUAAGGGACUGUCUGCGAAUUCCCCACCCUGCAUUGGUGUUCACCAUUCAGAAUGGGGAAGGCUGGCAUUGUUCGAUUUCCUUCUUCAGGUCAGUGACCGGCUUGAUCGCUACUGCUGCGGGUUCGAGCCAGAUCCCGCCGAGCCCUGCGUGGACAACCGGCUACAUGCCAAGUGUGGGAACCCCAAGCAUCUGCUGCUGGUGCACAUCCUGGUGAGGAAGGCUGACCCGUCAAAGCUGGUGUUCAUCGAUAACGCGGGGCGACCUUUUCAGUCACAUGACAACCUCAAUUUCCUCCUGGUGGAAGGCAUAGAUGAGUUCCCCGAGAGGGCGGUGUCCGUGCUCCAGUCAGGCUGCCUGGAGGCCAUGCUUCUGCGCUCGCUUCAUGUGGACCAGGAAUUCUGGGAUAGCCGGGGAGGCCUACAUGGCCUGAGGGCGCUGGUCCGCACGGUGGAGGACCGUGGGAAGGUACUCCUGCGGCAUAUUGAAGAGCGGCGUCUGAGGCUGAACCAGGACCUGUGAGCCGUGC